GAGAGAAGACGGAGGAGUAAUGACGACCGGCAACGCCAUGUGCCCUCCAAUGCUUCCCCAUUCAUGACAGCGGCACCUCCUCUUCUCUAGUCUUCCCUCAUCACCCAAUUUUGUCUGGUGAUUAUUAUUACUAUAAGUAAACCAUCAAUUCGCCUGCGUCUUUCCCGUUUCCGGUCACCCGCCUCUCUCUCUCUCUCUCUCUCUCUCUCGCCGCAGUAGCUGCUCAAGAACAGUGCAAGAAUGGCACAGUUGCAAUCACCAACUCAUGGAGAUUGGGAGAGUCUGGGAGUUACUGCAGAUACCGGCAAUUGGGAAAAUGAGGGAAAUAUUCAAAAGAGUAAUAACACGAAUCUACUGAUUCUUCAAGAAGAUCUUUCCAAUGCUAAGUUAAGUGACUCCCCUCACCAUCAACUCAGCGGUGGCAAACCUGGAAGCAAUAAAAUUGGUUCAGAAACCCUGAAGAGGCCUGCACCACUAAAGCUAAAACAUGUGCGGAAGCUGAGCCGGGAAGAAGGUGAUUUUCAAAGAAGUACUGAUUCUCCCUCGCGGGUUGAGAACGCCGGAAGAAGAACUCCCUUUGAGUCACCUCGCCAUCGUAAUGCUGGUGAUAAUACCCCAAGGAGAGCUUCUCGUCAAGGUGACCGAAGUCUUGAGGUUUCACCACUGCAUGCUCAUUCCCAUCCUCCAAGGCUUGGAGGGGGUGGUGGUAAAGGGGGCAUUAGUGGGGUUUCUUCUCCCUCAUGGGAAAGAAGAGGUUCAUCAGAAGGUGUCCGUGGAUUAAUAGCUCCUGUAACACCUUCAAGAACUCGGCUUAGACCCGUUAUAAAAGGUGACGAAACGCCUGAUCACAGCUCCGUUGUUCCAAAGUUUGGUGACUGGGAUGAGACGGAUCCAUCUUCCGCAGACCAGUUCACUCAAGUGUUUGAGAAAGUGCGCGAUGAGAAGCAGAACGAAGCUGGGGAAGUACCUGUCAAGACAACCGAAUCAACAGACCCAAACAGUGAAAGACACUACAGAAAUGAAAAUUCCAAGGGCUGUUCGUGCUUUCCAUGGCUUGGAAAGUGACCAUGCUUUGAAUCGAGGAAUGGGAGGAAAGCACGCGACUUACACGAGGCGCUAUACUAUAGGUUUUUUUUUUGAGAUUUGGAUCAAUUUGUUCUAUAUAUGGUCAAUCCAACCAAGUUAAGUAUAGUUCUCUCUUGUGGCUUUCCAUGAACACACUGGAAGAUAAGGUUAAAGAAGAAAGUAAGAGGGUUUUGAGUGACACUCAUGUUUUGUUUCUUCAUGUCAAGCAUUUUGGUAUAUGAGAUAUGGUUUCAUGUAAUUUCUAUGCAACACUAUAGUACGGAGUAUUAUUAUUAUAUGUGAAAUUUGUCCAAAAUAGGACAAAAAUGGUUCUAUUCCGCGCAUUAGCAUUAGUUUGUAUUACUGCGAACAUUUCGGGGCUGUUUGGCAACUUCUGAAUUGGUGAGUGCUGAACCAGUAAGAGGUCUGAACCAUUAAGUGCUGAACCAGUAAGAGGUCUGAACCAUUAAGAGCUAGUAUAUUGCUUAACUAUUCAGAGGCAAAUGUCUGAUCAAUUCAGAUAAGAGGUCUUAACCAUUCAGACUUUGUAUAAUAAUUAACCAUUCAGAGG